AUGAGUGCAGGGAAAGAUUUUAAAGUUGUUAUUGCGGGUGGAGGUAUCGCGGGGCUUGCCCUGGCCCUCAUGCUUGAGCGGUUCGAUCUGGACUAUGUGAUCCUCGAGGGUCAUAGGGAGAUUGCACCAGCGGUUGGUGCCAGUAUUGGUAUGUUUCCCAACGGGAUGCGUAUACUAGACCAACUGGGAUGUGUGGAGGAUAUCGAGGAAGUGUUUGCAGGUAUCAUUCCCUACAAGAAGACCUAUACUCGAGACGAGCAGGGCCGAGUAUUGUCUACGAUGGACGACUUUUUCGAGCGAUUAAGGGCUAGAUUCGGGUAUGGCCUUUAUUUCUUUGACCGCCAGAAGUUAUUGGAGAUCCUUUACGGCAAGCUCGAGCACGAGGAGCGGGUUUUGACGCAGAAGAAAGUCACUAAUGUCAACCUGGUUAAAGGGGGCGUCGAAGCCAUUUGUGCCGAUGGCUCCGUCUUCACUGGAACUUUUCUCGUGGGCGCAGAUGGCAUUCACAGUGCUGUGCGAGAAUCAAUGACUGAGCUUGGCCACAAGCUUCAGCCAGGCUACUUUGAUCCAGGCGAAAAGGACAGGGUACCGUGCUACUAUAGGUGUAGCUUCGGCAUCGCUCAGCAUGUUCCCAACUGGGUUCCCAACGAGCAGCACCUAAUUUUUGGUACGGGGUGUUCUCAGCUGGUCGUAUCGGGUCCCGAAGAUAAAGUGUAUUGGUUUCUGUUCGAGCAACUGCCAGAAGUCAAAUACGGCAAGGAUAUCCCCAAGUAUACCAAGGAGGACGAGGCAGAGUUCGUGAAGAAAAAUAAGGAUGUUCCUAUCACAACUACGAUUACAUGGGGAAAUGUCUAUAACGCUCGGAUCUCGUCCGCGCUGACUCCACUCCAUGAGGUAGUCUACGAGAAAUGGUUUUUCAACAGAAUAAUCACAUUAGGCGACUCGUGUCAUAAGCCGAACCCAAUUGGUGGGCAGGGAGGCAAUGGAGCUCUUGAGUCCUGUGCGGUGCUCGUGAACAACAUCCUUCGAUUGAAGGAUAGUCGAGGAGGCAGUCUGUCAGGCCUUACAGAUGCAGAGAUUGAACAUAUUUUCCGGGAAACACAAUUGACCAGACACGAACGUGCGAAGGACAUUGUCCACCAAGCCCACUUCAGACAGUCAUUCUUUGCCAAAGAGAACCCCAUUCUCACCAAUUUCAUCAACAACUUUGUGUCGCCUCUGGCCGGUUCUGAUGCGGUUCUUGCUAUGUUGACUGAUGUCUUCGGCCCCGGCGCAAGAUUAGAGAAGCUUCCUAUACCUUACAAGCCACGGUUCAGUCCAUAUGACGACGAGCUGCCUGCGAACAUUAUUGACAACUCGGUCCACAAACUGGUGCGCGGAGCGGUUUUGGGUGGUAUGGGAGCCACUCUGUUCCUCGCGGCCAAAUCACUUCGGCUCCCAUUCAAUGAAGUAACCAAGUGGAGUGCACAAAACAUGAGCCUCAAGUGGUUUGGCAACAAUGCUGCUUCGAAGCUUUUCGAGCUGGUGACCUCUGUCCUGGCGGUGCCGAUUCAGGAUCCUUCCGCCAGGCUGCAUAUCACGAACUUUCUGCCGCAGCUGAUCUCGCCUAUCCUCAUAUAUACUAUCGAAGGGUAUCGAAAGGGACAGCGAGCUAGUCCUCUGGCUUUACCCUUCCUCUUCAAUGCCGGUAUGCAGGUCCAAGGCAUCGCGCGAGCAGCCCCUUUUCAUACCAUCCUGAGUGCAUUCUUUUGGAGCGAAGGUCCUGUCGAACGCACUGUUCCGCUCGAGGUGGCAAAGUCUCUCCUCCCUUCGGUAACCCUCGGCUUUGUCAUUCCAACCAUCAUGGCGCUUCUGCCGACGCCAAACCAGACAGCUGGAAAUCAUUGGCUUGGACUGUGGCAAUUUGCACCGCCGCUUGUCAAUGUGUUCACGUAUCUAAUCUCAAAGGGCCUGAAGAAAUGGAAUGAAAGUCGUGACGGGGCCGAACCGAAGGACGAGUUGGACGGCGACCCAGCUCAAGAUCUUGACACACUAAAAUCGGUCUACACGUACGCAUUCGCCGUCCAAGCGACCGCCCAUAUUGCGACACUGGCAUACGGCUCGACCUACCCCGGUUUGAGUCUUGCAAAAACAUUCUUCAAUCUUCCUAACCCUUUCUCUGCUGAUUGGAGAUUCCCGAGCUUGAGUGCCGAGUUAGCAACCUUCUUCAGGUAUGACAUGGUGCUGGGAGUUGCGGGAUAUGUGGGCAGCAACCUGCUCUCAAUAUGGAACCUGCGUCGCCGAGGGUUCAUCAAGACGAAUGAGGCCGUCAAAGCAGCGCUUUGCGUGGCAGCAGGACAGUUUCUGGUCGGUCCUGGCGCAACAUGGGCUGGCUUGUGGUAUUGGCGGGAGGACAAGAUUGCUGGGAUCGCCAAGGCAGCCGGUGUCAGCUAG